GUGAAAUAACAACCGAAGGUGACUGAUCAAUAGUGAAGAGCGCUGUCAUUCCGUCUGACUUCACCUGCCUGAAUGAGAAGCAACACGAGCAGACAGGCAGAGGGGACGGCUCUGAGGAGCCGGGAGAGCGCAGGGAAGGCGGCUGCUCUUUCUGGAAGAGCAGCUUAUCAUCACGCGCUCGCACUUAGGUGCUUCAGCGCCCUCUCUCUCUCUCACGCACACACUCUCUCUCUCUCUUUCCCUCUCUCUUAAGCAUAACGAAUUUAUGAAAAAAAGUUAUUGCAAUAAUGCAUCCACCAAGCCAUCUGUAAAUGCCGCGCAUAGCUUGGGGAAGAGCUUUGGGUGGCUUCUGAUAGAAACCCAAAUGUAUUGUGCCUUUUUUCUUUUUUUGAUGUGGUGUCUGGCUUUGCCUGCGCUGGUUGGACACUUAAUUCUUAUUUAAGGCAAGCUUGAUAAAGCUUCAAUCUCCCCUCACCUUGUUUUCCCUAUCAAGUCAUGUCUGAUUCGGAGCGAUGGGCAAGAUCGACGACAACGAAAGGAUAAUCCUCAACGUUGGAGGCACCAGGCACGAAACGUACCGAAACACGUUGAAAACAUUGCCGGGCACCCGGCUGGCAUUGCUCGCUGCCGACCCCGAUUCAGACUUCGGAGUGGACCAGCAGCAACAAGUCUCCGGCUACAUCGAGUACAACCCGAAGAACAAUGAGUAUUUUUUCGAUCGCCACCCGGGGGUUUUUGCCUAUGUGCUUAAUUACUACCGCACGGGGAAACUCCACUGCCCAGCAGACGUCUGUGGACCCCUCUUCGAAGAGGAGUUGGCUUUCUGGGGUAUAGAUGAGACCGACGUGGAGCCAUGCUGCUGGAUGACUUACAGACAGCACAGGGACGCCGAGGAAGCGCUCGAUAUCUUCGAUAUCAGUGGGGAACCGGGGGCGGCCGAAGGGGAAGACGAAGACUUGAAUAAGAGAUUGGGCAUCGAGGACGUGGUUUCACCUGAUGGGAAGGUCAGCCGCUGGAGAAAGUGGCAGCCCCUGGUGUGGGCGCUGUUUGAGGACCCCUACUCUUCAAGAGCAGCAAGGUUCAUCGCUUUUGCCUCCUUAUUUUUCAUCCUCGUCUCCAUCACAACAUUUUGCCUGGAAACCCAUGAGGCUUUCAACACCGUGAUCAACAAAACUGAACUAAUAAGGAACGGGAGCAUCAUGGAAAUGAGUACACAGUUUGAGAUUGAGACUGAUCCAGUGUUAACGUACAUCGAGGGAGUCUGCGUAUUGUGGUUUACAUUUGAAUUUCUUGUGCGUAUCAUAUUCUGCCCUGACAAGCUUGAAUUUGUCAAAAACCUCCUGAAUAUCAUUGACUUUGUGGCAAUCUUGCCGUUUUAUUUGGAAGUAGGGCUGAGUGGACUUUCCUCCAAAGCUGCUAAAGAUGUAUUGGGCUUCCUCAGGGUGGUAAGGUUUGUCAGAAUUUUGAGAAUUUUCAAGCUAACCCGCCAUUUUGUGGGCCUCCGAGUCCUUGGGCACACUCUUCGAGCUAGUACUAAUGAAUUUUUGCUGCUUAUCAUAUUUUUGGCUCUGGGAGUUUUAAUAUUUGCCACCAUGAUCUAUUAUGCUGAAAGAAUAGGAGCAAGCCCAAGUGAUCCAACUGCCAGCCACCAUACUCAGUUCAAAAAUAUCCCCAUUGGAUUCUGGUGGGCAGUUGUGACCAUGACCACCUUAGGAUAUGGUGAUAUGUACCCUAAGACCUGGUCAGGAAUGGUAGUAGGGGCGCUCUGUGCAUUGGCUGGAGUGCUCACAAUAGCCAUGCCCGUUCCUGUCAUCGUGAAUAACUUUGGAAUGUACUAUUCGCUAGCCAUGGCAAAACAAAAGCUUCCACGUAAGAGGAAGAAGCACAUCCCUCAAGCUCCUCAGGGUGGAUCUCCCACCUACUGCAAGAUGGACCUGAACAUGGCUUGCAAUAGUACCCAAAGUGACAUUUGUCAUAGCAAAGAACACAGGCUGCUGGAACACAACCGAUCAGUGCUGUCAGGUGAAGAAAGUGGAGGAAGCGACCCGCCUUUGUCACCAGAUCAAAGGCUCCCAAUGAGACGUUCUAGUACCCGAGACAAAGGCAGAAGAGGGGGAACAUGUUUCUUAUUGACAACAGGAGAUUACUCAUGUUCUUCAGAUGGAGGGAUCAGGAAAGUGAUAAACAUUUAUACCACGGGACAUAAACAAGAGCUCCAGACCACCACACGGGAGAUUUAUGUAGCUGUUCUAACUGUUUAAGAUGCAUACCUGUUAAAGAGUACUUAGUGGUUAUGGCAACAGCAACAGUGUUGCUUAGCAACCAACCUACUCCUGACAGAGACUUCCAAUACCACAGUGGCCUAUUCUGAAGGAAUGGUGCGAUCACUGUUUACUCUUCAGUAAGUCCAUGAAACAUGAUGCCAAAUGAAUAUAGUUUUUUUUUCCUCUCCUUGUGUAGCAGAAAAUAUCUGGAUAUAUACGUAUGUAUAUGUAUAUUUAAGUCAAAAAGAAGCUGUAAUAUAGGCAAAUAAAUUGUUGAAUUACCCCUUAUGAUAAGAAUGUAGGUCAAAAUAUUUAAGUAUCACGUUCAAAAUUAUAUAUAUAUAUGUAUAUAAAUAUAUGCUGAGUGUGAUGAGAAUAAUCCUGCUAACAAUUAAUUCAUGGUAAUUGAGUGAAUUGAACAGGUAAGCUUUAUUACAAAAAAAAAAAUCUCUGCUAAAUGAAUAUUGUGUGAUAACAUGUCUCAUUUUCUGACCAGUGUUCAGUAAUGUCUUAACUAUGGCCAAAGAGUUACUAAAAACUUUGAAUAUUUGUAGCAAACAGACAGCCACUACCUUAUUCACUAUUCACCUAACUUGUGGCUUUCUCCUAAAAAUGAAACAUGCCAGGAAAGUCCAAACCAAUUGGAGCUGCUGCAUCACAGAUCCAGUGUCCUGACGUUAAAAUGAAAACCUGGUACCUGUUGUUGUGAAGUUUUUUUCCAGGUGAUUGAACUGCCUUCCCACAUCCCAUCCCACAUCCUUAUAGUAUGCAGGUUAGGUUGAUUGGUAAUUCUAAAUUUACAGUCAGGGUAUGUGUGAAAGUAGACCCAGUCUGAGACCUCCACUCCAUCCAGGAUUGAUUCCUGUCUUGUGGCCAUUUGUGUUGGAAUAGACUCCAGCCCCCAAAAUCCUGAGUUACAAGUAUAAUAUGGAAUAAUCAACAAAGGAGCAUUUUGUUAAGAUUAAUUGAGGAUAAUCAAUGAUGUAACUGUGUAUACAUUAUUUAAAACAUUGUUACAGAAUUCACUAAAAUUUUGUAUCACACCUGGCAUAUUAUUUAUAUAUAAUAUAUACAGGGUGUCUCAAAAAUAUUUUUUUAACAAAAAUGGCACAUUGAGUAGUAUAGGAUAAUGUUAUAUUUUAUAUAUGCAAUGAAUUAGUGUGUGACAUACAGUGAACAAUAACCAAUAUACAAAAAUUGUACACAACUGAAUUUUUUACAAAUUUUGAUUGAGAGACAACAUUGCGGCCAACUAAUUAACCACAAGCUCAAUAAAACCACUUCUGUUCACCGUUUAAAUAUAUCUUUUCACUCAAAAAGGAAGCCGGUCCAUCAAAACCACACCCGCACUCAUUCUGCUAGCACACCAAAGAUACCUUUUCAGAAGGCACACUUGAGAUGCCUGAAUUGAUGAUCUUCCAGGAAGAGCUUGUGGUGUAACAUCCUAAGAGACCCUAAGGCACUAAUCUGAAGAAUGAAGCUUUAGAGGAGGCCUGACUGAGGAUCCCACAAGGGCUUGCAUUUUUUUGAUCUAACCCUACAUAAUCAGAAGUGUGUAUCUAGCUCAGACCAAGUAGCUAAUAUUUAGAAAAAAAAAA